AUGCAAACCCGCCACCCCCCACUCUGCCAUCACAACGGAGUUCAAACUGGUGGAUUCACACUGUCCGGCGAGGGCGAUUUCAUCCGCUCGACUGGCGCUGAGCACGGCCCCCGGCCGGCUGACACAGAAGUUGGGGGCUAUGCCAGCGUGGACCCGCUUCCGCAGUACACUGCACGCCCGAUGAGUGUCAACGAAAAGACCUUGGAAUCACACCUCCGGGACCCAUCGAUAUCGUCUGACUCUAAUGCCUUUGAUUCGGACGAAAAAGCCCGCCAUGAAUACCACGAAGAAGUCACAUCUGAUGCAUCCUCAGCCUUUUCAUACCCCAGUAGCUACGGCAACACCUCGACCGCAACGCGAGAAACUCCUCCGCCACCGUACUCUCCUCGCUCGUCGGCGGUGUUGACGCGGACGCGGUCCGUGUCUAUCUAUUCCGUCUCCUCGGCAAUGGGAGUCACCAUCAGCCCACCACCCAUGGCUCGAGUUCAUGGUGCACGUACAGGGCCAUGUCCAUCCGAAGCGGAUGACCAGUCGAUUCGUCGACAUCGACGAUCUUCUUGGGAGAGUCAUUGA